AAAAGAAGUUGAUUCCCGACCUAAUUUUCAUUAGUUUAUGCAAUUUUUCUUGCUUUUUUAAAUGAUUUUUCUCUUGAUUCCUCACUAUAUAUAAUCAGGCUGCAGCAACUGAUCUCUUUGGACAACAAAAUGGAAUCAAAAGAAGUUGACUUCUCUUUCUCUUCUCCAACUUCCCUCUCCAAGACAAGAUGGUGGAGUAGGGACACGGUUGCAGUAGUGACCGGAGCCAACAGAGGUAUAGGGUUUGCGGUGGUGAAGCGGUUUGCAGAGCUGGGUUUGUCGGUGGUUUUGACGGCUAGAGAUGUGGAAAGAGGAAGCAAAGCAGCUGAAUCACUGAGGGAGCUGAAUGGGCUUCGUAAUGUACACUUCUUUCCUCUUGAUGUUUCAAACCCUGCUUCCAUCAAAACCUUUGUUUCAUGGCUCGAAACAACAUUUGGAGGAUUGGAUAUUCUUGUCAACAAUGCAGCUGUUUCAUUCAAUGAAAUCCAUGAGAACUCAGUGGAAUACUCGGAGACUGUCAUCAAAACCAAUUUUCAUGGAGCCAAGUUACUCACUGAGUCGCUCUUGCCAUUGUUUCGCCUUUCAACUUCUAUAAGCCGUAUACUGAACAUUAGCUCCAGGCUUGGCUCCAUCAAUAAAGUGAGAAACCUUGGAAUCAAAGCAACUCUACAAAAUGAGAGGCUAUCAGAAGAACAAAUAGAAGAUGUGAUAAAUUUAUUUCUUGAAGAUGUGAAGAAUGGGACAUGGCAAAGUCAAGGGUGGCCAGAAAUAUGGACUGAUUAUUCAGUGUCAAAGCUGGCAUUGAAUGCUUAUUCCAGGGUUCUGGCAAGGCGAUUUGAAGGAAGUCGAUUGAGCAUUAAUUGCUUUUGCCCUGGAUUUACUCAAACAUCAAUGACUCGUGGGCAGGGCACCCACACCCCAGAUGCUGCUGCUGAUGUUGCUGUUAGACUGGCCUUGCUACCUCCUGAUCAGUUACCAAAUGGAAGAUUUUUUCUGGGAUUUGGAUCUUAUAACAAAUCUAGACUAUGAAAUUUGUUAUGAUCUAAUGACAAUAGGUUUUUGAUUUUGAUGAUUAAUUACUUCUAAUGAUC